AAUAGAGGCCCCAAGUUUCCAGUUUCCACCAUUCCUCAUCACGCGCUUGGCACAUUCAUUCAAAUUUGGGCUAGUGAGAGCUGCCGCCUGCCAAACACUGUAAAUACCCAAAAACCAGAGAGUGGCGCCUUCUGCUUAACAAGGUUUUGAAAGUUAUUAUUUUGAUACGGAUCUUAUUUUGACUUUCUCAUCUGUUUUUCGCAAUGUUCGGCGCUCAAUCUACCGCUUCGCCCUUCGGGACUCCGUCGGCGACACCGGCUUUUGGGACUCCGUCGUCUACGCCGGCUUUCGGCACUCCGUCUUCGACCCCAGGCUUUGGAACACCAUCGACGCCGGCUUUCGCUACCGGUUUCGGGUCGUCUCUAUUUUCUACGCCAUUCGCGUCACAAACGCCGCAGCAACAGCAGCAGACACCGCUGUUUCAGCAGCCGUCCACUGGUUUCGGAUUCCAGACAUCAUUUGCCGCGCCGCAAACGACGCCGUUCCCCAAUGCGCAAUUGACCACUCAGAUGGCACCUGUGGCGCCCCUACCUUUCUCUCUCGCCGAUCGCGACAUUCAAGCAAUUGUUGAUGCGUACAAGGAUGAGCCUGGAAACCCUAAGUAUGCCUUUAAGUAUUUGUUGUUCAGCGUCACUGAGCCGCAGUAUAGGGUGAAGCCUGCUGGUGUAUCAGACAUCAUGUGGGCAGAGGCUACGGCAAAACUGGAAGGUAUGGAUAGUACUGACCGGGAACGUCUUUGGCCGCAGCUUGUUCAGGGUUUCAAGGAUCUCUCACAGCGCCUGAAGAUCCAAGAUGAAGUCAUUCUUUCAGAUGCUGAGAGGUUGAGAACGACACAAAGCAAUGUGAAAAUGCUCCAAAGGCAUUUUCAGGCAGAGACUCUUCCUUGGAUUGAGAGAUUGAGACAAAAGGAGCAAAGUCUUCAGAGACGCUUAUUAAGGGUUAUGAGAAUAGUUGAGGCACUAGAGAAUAAAGGUUGCAGGUUGCCCUUAAUGAAAAGGGAAGCAGAGGUUGCUGAGAAGUUAGCUGCAAUAACCAGACAGCUGAAAGGAUCUGGAGCAGAACUUUCAAGGAGAGUUCAGAACCUGCUCACUGUAUCUCGUGUACAAGCAACUGCUAUUGGUGGUGGUUCUGUUUAUCUUCCAGGGUCUACUAAAAUUCAUGAACAAUCUCUUGCUGAUAUGCAGGAGGUCUUACAACAACAAACUGAGGCGAUUGCUAGGCUUGGCACUGUGUUGAAGCGUGAUAUUAGGGAUAUGGAAAUUAUAAUGGCUGAGGACACACAAAUGACACAGGAUUUGAGCUAGGGAGGUAAGCUAGUAUGUAGAACUUUUGUCAUUUGAUUUAUAUAGUAAUGAAUUUAAUUACUGACUAGAAUGGCUCGAGUCUCAACCUUGUGAAGUUUUAGCAAUGAACAGUAUAGUGUCAGUUUCAGCUUUCACAUUUUGCUUGAAUGUAACUAUAUAGUCAAUUGGAUCAACGUUCAUAUUCAAAUUUUAAUGCCAACUGGCAAUGAUAUGCCAGACUUUAUCGAGGUUUGAAUA